AAUCCUUUAAUGGGUCUCCUACUGGCAGCAUAAAUCUGUCUUUAGAUGACCUUUCAAAUGUCCCUUCUGAUGAGACAGUUCAACUCCAUGCAUACAUCUCAGAUACUGGAGUGUGUAAUGACCACGGCAAGACGUAUGCACUGUAUGCUAUCACAGUCCAUCGGCGAAACCAAAACAGCGAAGAGACAUGGAAGACAUAUCGACGCUACAGUGACUUCCAUGACUUCCACAUGAGGAUCACUGAGCAGUUUGAAAAUCUUGCAAAUAUACUGAAACUUCCUGGCAAAAAGACAUUUAACAAUAUGGACAGAGAAUUUUUGGAAAAGAGGAAAAAAGAUUUAAAUGCGUAUUUGCAGCUCUUGUUAAAUCCUGAAAUGAUGAAAGCUUCUCCAGCUUUAGCCCAUUAUGUGUAUGACUUCCUGGAGAAUAAAGCCUACAGCAAAGGGAAAGGAGAUUUUGCACGGAAGAUGGACACAUUUGUAAACCCACUGCGUAACUCUAUGAGAAAUGUAUCAAAUGCAGUCAAGUCUCUCCCUGACAGCCUGGCAGAGGGAAUGACUAAAAUGUCAGACAACAUGGGUAAAAUGUCAGAGAGACUGGGACAAGACAUAAAGCAAUCAUUUUUUAAGGUGCCUCCUUUGAUGCAGAAAACGUAUUCAGAUCCUGAGCAUUGCCGUGUUGCAGCACCAAUUGAUGACAAUGUGGAUGACAAUAUUCCGCUGAGAGUAAUGCUCCUCCUUAUGGAUGAAGUCUUUGAUUUAAAGGAAAGAAAUCAGUGGUUAAGAAGAAAUAUAAAAAAUCUGCUUCAGCAACUUAUUAGAGCAACAUAUGGUGACACAAUUAAUAGAAAAAUAGUUGAUCAUGUCGACUGGAUGACAUCUCCUGAGCAAGUAGCAGAUGCGGUGAAACGCUUCAGAGAUGCUUUUUGGCCCAAUGGCAUUUUAGCAGAGACUGUUCCUCGGAGGGACAAAGCUAUUAGAAUGAGAACAAGAGUGGCAGGGAAGACCAAAUUACUGGAGGUCAUGCCAGAUGAACUGAAGCACAUCAUAGGCGCUGAGACAACACGGAAAGGCAUUCUUCGGGUCUUCGAAAUGUUCCAGCACACUCAACUGAAUAAGAGGAUGGUGUACGUGUUUCUAGAGAGAUUUCUGGAAACCUUAUUUCCACAAAAUAAGUUCCAUGAGCUCUUCAACAAACUGCAUUCGCGGUCAAAGCAGAUGCAGAGGUAUAAGCAGAGACUACAUUCUACUCAAGCGCCUUCCUUACAGAAAAGUCUUCUAGUGUCACAUAUUAGAUUAUUAAUGCAUCUGUAAGACCUGUGGAUCUUCUCAUCUUCACUUGUAAUUCAACCACUACUAGAAGGGUUUGUGUGUCUUAAAUGAUUUGGUGCGUUUUCAUGCAACAUUGAGAAGAAUACUGGCCCAAUAUAUAAGAAUGCUGAUUCUUUCCGUUCCUGAGUCGAUG